ACAUACAGGUUUUACACAAGUACACAGCUGGUUCCUUAAAUGUCUGCCAUGAAACAUUACUUGUGCUGGACCAUCCUCUAUUUGCUGAUCUUCCCAGUCCUCAUUAUCACUCCGGAUGCUCAGAGUGAUGACUCUGACUGUUCUACAGAAAUCAGAGUACGUCACAACACAGUUCAUAAUGCCUCACUUGGACAUCAACUUAGGAUUAAUUGCACAGUUAUUUUUUGCAGUGAUUCACUACCAACAGUAACCUGGUAUAAACUUGAGAAAACAGAUGUCCCCGUCAAUGUCAGCAGUGACAAUCACAUUAAAACAGAGUGGAAACCUUUAAACAAGUCAGCAGGGAUCUUCUAUUUGAUCUUCCAAAACAUUCUCAGAAGUGACUCUGGUCAGUAUCAGUGUCAUGGUGGAGGGAGUAUGAGUCAUGCAAUCACUGUCAAUGUCCACGUGAAUACAACUUCUGCUGACACUUUCUGGCCAGUCAUAUACCGUGUUGUUGGGAGUGUGGUAUUUGUCACCGUAGUAAUAUUAAUAUGUGUUACAUCGAAGCAAGGUUGCAAAGGAAAACCGAGGAAGACAACAAAACCAAGUCAGGAGCUCUACACUCAUAUCUAUGACAACGAUGUAUGAUGACGAUCCUCAUGUCUGAAAUGCUCUAAAAUCAGUCUGUAAAGCUCAAUUUAUUAUAAUCAGCAUAUUUUACUGAUGUGUGAGCUAAGCCUUGCUACAAUUUCUUAUUUAAAUCUACUGGCGUCUCACUGGUGUGUGUUACCGUGUACCCAGUUUAGCAUUUUUUGAAUUCCUGUAAAUCAAAUCAAACUGUAGAAGUGAAAUUUCCUACUUGAGAAACCACUAUUGUUUAGUCUGCAAAGACUGCGGGUGCAUGUGUGUACGUGCGUGUGUGUGGUGUAUGGCACAUUGGAAAGGUAAUAGUUUUGCUUCCUGUACAGGUAACAGUUUUGCACACAUCCUGUGCAAACAGGACCUUUGACUGUAUUUAUGAUUGAAUUAGUGUGUUUGCAUCGCUGCUCUCUGUCGUUGAUGAUUAAAGAAGCUUUUCUUCUUUGGUAUUUGAGUGUCUUUGCAUUUGGGAGCAGGAAGUAGAAUUGAACCACACACCACAUGAACAUAUAUGAAGACAACGGCUCCAAUGGUUUUACAGAAAAAGAAAAGGAAGAUGUAACUCAUAAAGUUAGCCUUCCACUCAUUAUCCCACAGCUGUUAUUGCACUAAGAAAACUAAAUUUUACUUCAAAAGUUACUUGUUAAAUAACAACAUAACAAAAUACUUUGGUGUGUCUAAAAUAAACCACACUACAACACGUUGCACAAUGGCUGCAAUGCAUUAGCUCAUAGUUUGGAAAGUUUCCAUUAUAACCAGAUGGUGAUAUUGUCGCAGCAUCGCUCUAUUGUGACAAACUAACCAAACCGCAAUGAGACACUUGUGCAACAUUGCAGCAAUGUAAUAAAACAGUAAUACGAUGUAUUUUACAGAUUGCACCCAUAAUUUUCUAUCACAGUUGGG